AUCAGCGCUCGGGGGGCGCCAGGCCACGCCCCCAGGGAAGAUGGCGGCGCUGCGGGCGCUGCGGUGGCGGCGGCGGCUCCCGGGGCUCGGGAGGCGGCUCCUGGGGAGCGCCGGCUCCCCCGAGGAGCGGCCGCAGUUCCCGGGCGCCUCGGCCGAGUUCGCCGAGCGGCUCGAGUUCAUCCAGCCCCAGGUGCUGGCCGGGAUCCCGGUGUACCGGGUGAUGGACCGGCAGGGACAGGUGAUCCGCGAGAGCGAGGACCCGCAGCUGCCCAAGGAGCAGGUGCUGAAGCUCUACAAGACGAUGACGCUGCUCAACACCAUGGACAGGAUCCUGUACGAGUCCCAGCGCCAGGGCCGGAUCUCGUUCUACAUGACCAACUACGGCGAGGAGGGGACGCACGUGGGCAGCGCCGCCGCCCUCGACGCCGCCGACCUGGUGUUCGGGCAGUACCGCGAGGCAGGUGUGCUGCUGUACCGGGGCUACCCCCUGGAGCUGUUCAUGGCCCAGUGCUACGGCAACGCGCGGGACCCCGGCAAGGGCCGCCAGAUGCCGGUGCACUACGGCUGCGCCCAGCGCCACUUCGUCACCAUCUCGUCCCCCCUGGCCACGCAGAUCCCGCAAGCCGUGGGCGCCGCCUACGCCAUCAAGCGCGCGGACGCCAGCCGGGCGGUGGUCUGCUACUUUGGGGAGGGGGCGGCCAGCGAGGGCGACGCCCACGCCGGCUUCAACUUCGCCGCCACCCUCGAGUGCCCCAUCGUCUUCUUCUGCCGCAACAACGGCUACGCCAUCUCCACGCCCACCUCCGAGCAGUACCGCGGGGACGGCAUCGGUGGGAACCCCAAAUCCCCCAAAUUUGGGGCGUUUUGGGCGGGCGUGGCCAGCGCAGCGCCCACCCUUUAA